AUGGCUGAAAAUUUUGAUGACGAUGGGGUUGCUCCACAAAUUGUUAAUCCCAUCAUAUUGGCAGAUGAUCGAGCAAGGGCUAUAAGGGAGUAUGCAGCCCCCAUGUUUAAUGAGCUCAAUCCAGGCAUUGUGAGGCCUGAAAUACAAGCACCGCAGUUUGAGCUCAAGCCAAUGGAGACUUUUUAUAAUGGGUUGAAUGCAGCUUCUCGAAUGGUGUUAGAUGCAUCGGCCAACGGUGCUAUUUUGUCGAAGUCUUACAAUGAAGCAUUUGAGAUUUUGGAGACCAUUGCAAGUAACAACUACCAAUGGUCCAACACAAGAGCUCAAACAAGUAGAAAAGUGGCGGGAGUCCUUGAGGUAGAUGCAAUAACAGCUUUGACAGCUCAAAUGGCUUCCAUGACGAAUAAUCAUCCUAAUUUUUCUUGGGGAGGUCAAGGAGCAAGCUCAAGUACCACACCAGCCCAAGGAAGACAAGCAUAUCCACCGGGUUUUUCACAACAACCCCGACAUUCACAACAUGCUCAAAAUGCCCAACCAAGUUCUUUGGAAAGUCUAAUGCGGGAUUAUAUGGCCAAAAAUGAUGCGGUGAUACAAAGUCAAGCUGCCUCUCUUCGAAACUUAGAGUUGCAACUUGGACAUUUGGCCAAUGAAUUGAAAGCUAGGCCGCAAGGUUCUUUGCCUAGUGACACGGAGAAUCCAAGGAGGGAUGGGAAGGAGCAAUGCAAAUCCAUUCACUUGAGGAGUGGCAAGCAUCUGAAAAAUUCUGAGGAAAUAAAGGGUAGUGGGGAGCCCACUUCAAUCAAAAACGACGAAAAAUUGAGUAAAAAAACUGCCCAGGAAAUUGCUGAUACCAGACCAGUUGAUACAGCAUCGGGUCAGCAAUCUGACAGUCAGCAAUCCGCACCAGUAUGUACUAAACCACCCCUUCCAUUUCCUCAAAGAUUUCGGAAACAGCAGCAAGACGGGCAAUUCAAGAAGUUUUUAGAUGUGUUGAAGCAGCUCCAUAUCAAUAUUCCCUUGGUGGAAGCAUUGGAGCAAAUGCCAAACUAUGUCAAGUUCUUAAAAGACAUUUUGACGAAGAAAAGGAGGUUGGGGGAGUUUGAAACUGUAGCUCUUACCGAAGGAUGCAGCGCCAUGUUGAAAAGUAAGAUUCCACCGAAGUUGAAGGAUCCGGGUAGUUUUACAAUCCCUUGUUCUAUUGGGGGGGCGGGAUGUUGGAAGAGAUUUAUGUGA